CCCCCCAAAGAGCACAUGGAUGAGUGUUUGUGUGUGUGUGUGCGUGUUGGAUCAACGAAUGCCCAGACUGAGGUCCUGUGCUGCUGCCGCUACCUCUGCCGCUGUCACUGCCGCCGCCUUUGUCGCUCCCCAUUACCGCCCUGCGUCACUCGCCCGCAGCUGCCACCUUCGCAUCACCAUCUCACCCUCCCCCGUCAACCCAGGGCAGCGGCGAAUGGCGACGUGAACGCACUGCCAGAACCCGCCUGCUCCGCCAUCCAUCCCGACCUUGCCUUGCCCCCCCUAUCCUUCCCCCCUCGCGGGCCCGUCGUCGUUUGUUCUCGCAUGCACUAAGGCGUUGGGAGACACGCUGCAUCAGACCGACGAGGGCUCACCGUCUCCGCAGCUCGUCCCGACGUCACCGUUGCCACCCGUCAUCGCCUGCCGCGGCAUACGUCGACACUCCCAUCGACCAUGUCUCUCGCCGAGGCGCCGUCGCUCAAGAGUGGCGAGGCCUACAGGGGCACACCCGACGACAGCAGCUACGACGAUUCGACACCGCGAGCUACCGACAACGCGGAGCCCGAAUCCCAGGCGAGUGACGGCAACAAGAAGAGCACCAAGGGCAAGAAACGAAGCUUGUUUGGCUUCGGCAAGAAGAAGCCCGACACAUCCUUCAAGUCUGGGUCCAGCACUGAACCGCCCUCGCUGCCCAAGGACGGCUCCAAGCUCUCGUCGACGUCUCGAUCUACGGCGUCGCCGACCCCCAACACGACGACGCAAGGCGAACACGGCCACCCCUUUGUGCUACCAGCCUCGCCAAGCCGAGGCCUGUCGGGCUCACCCCGCGUGUCGUCCCCCGCAGGCUCUCAGAUCUUUGAGCGCGAUGUCCAGGACAGCACCGUGCUGAAGCCGAGCUCCCCGGCGAUCCCGACUCACAUUCAGACCGAGAACUACAUCCCGUCGGUGCUCGACGACGCGUCCGAAGCCAUUACCAAUCACAAGCUCGACCCAGAUGCCGUCGAGAUUGUUACCCACUCUUCACACCAGCCUGCGUCGGUCACGGUCACUGGAGCGGCCGCGACGCAAGGCAGCAGCACCCCGUACGACCAGACGUCGAGUGAGUGGGCCGCGGAGCUGGCCUCCUUUGCGGACCACGUUGGGCUGCCCCCCGAUAACGCAUCUCACUACGGCUCUCUGGACUCUGCAGACGUGCGCAGAUUGUCCUUUAUCUCGUUCGCAGACGUCGUCCAAGCCGAACACAACCCGCACGCCACCACCGUCGGAUCGCGCGAGAGCAUACACUUGGCAGGGCUGACGUCCAUUCCCCCGCCGUUACUGAACCGCUCGCCGUCGCCGAUCCGCUCGCCGGUGUCUAGCCAGGGCCCUGGAACGAGCCCUCCGACGAGCAAUCCUGGCAGCAUGAAGGGUGUCGACUUGAGCCCUCCUCGCAAGCCGCUAGGAAGCCCGGCCAGCGGCGGACCACACAACCUCGCUGCGCCAAACGAUCUGAAUAUCGAGACGAUGCGGCAAGCGCUGAGACGGACAGGAAGCGCAGACCUGGGUGGCGUGCGGAGCCUGCCCCAGAGCCCGUUGGAAGGGCCCGGGUCCCGCUGAUCGAACCGACGGGGCUUCUUACCUUUUAUUGCUGCAGCAAGACCUCUUGAGGACCUCUUGAGGCGUCUUUCUUUCCCGAUCGUUUUUGUUUUUUUGAUAGUGUACGGGAGUACAGGAACUUGUUACAGAUGUUUGGCAACUGGGAGUUGGAAGAGCCUGUUCUUGGCGUCGAUUGAGCUUCAAGGCUAUGCUGCACAAACACGCUCAUACAGGGCGCGUAUAUUUCGUUGCUGAUUCUGUCAUUGGCAGUAUGUAUCUACACGGAGGGAAGUGUCUGUUUCUGCCAUGGCCUUUGUUGGUUGGCUCGAGCAGAGGCUGAGAUGAGAGCCAGCCGUCGUGCGUGGAGGCUCGAGCGAAUCGGCACACGGGCUUUUUGGUCUUUGUAACCCGAACCGAACACGCAACGAUAUGACCACUUUCGUUAGCAUGCGGGGGAAGCAGCAGAUUGCAGGUGUCGAAAAGCACAGGAGGCGCACGGGGCGUGGGGGCACAGAUGGCUUUGUAUAUAUGGUUUUUAAUAUAUACGGGCUGUCGUGUACCAGGGACGCGAAACGUUUUGACUGUUGAGUUGGAGGAGGAGGCUGCGGGCCGGACACAUACACACACACACACACACACACACACACACACACACACACACACACACGCACACACCUCCGACAGCACCCUGUCCGUCCCUCGUGACCGUGGCCGGGAGACGACGAUAACUCUGCCUCCUGCCUCCUUGUCCCACGUUGGACCGUCGAGGCGGUGCCCUCAUUUUGGGACGCACGUGCGUACGUCGGCCGUCAGAGGGGAGGGGGGACCGGGGCUUCAUGCACACCUAUGCAGCUCACCGCUUCGUACCGGGG